UGACGUCAUCUUCUAGAGCGACUGUAGUCUUUCGGCAUUAAGCGGACGGCAACAAAACUGCCCUGCUUAUGUACGUUUUUAUCUCCUGGGAAAGGUUGAGUUAAUUAAGGUUGACAUUGACUCCAAAGCUAAAUGUGUUGGGAGGAAGUUGAGGUCUGGAGUUGGUUCGCAACAUGGCUGUUACAGGAUGUCAGACACCACGUGUUAGGAAACGUUUGUGACGUCACCAGGUUGAUGUUCCGCGCUUCUCCUGAUGAUGAUGACUUUGUGACUGCUCCUUCUGGUGGAAGAGGAAGGACUUGAAGAUGGCACCGAGCACUUAGCGGGCGAGGACCAGAAGGCCACUUUGCUGGUGAGCUUGAGGCCGAACCCCGCCACAGGAUCCCGGCUGCGGAGAGGCGAGAAUGCCGCGCAGGAAACAGUCCAACCCCCAGCCUGUCAAAUUGGAGUUGGAUGGCGGUGGUGUGGCUUGUGAUACCAACUGUCUGAUUCUGGAGAGCGAUGUUAUCCUCAGUAAGGAGUUGGAGUUUGGUGACUCUGAAAUGGUGGGAUUGGAUCAAGACAAUAGUGUGACCAUGUUCUCUCUGAGUGUGGACGAGGAUUCAUCACCACUUCCCGACACGUCUUUUCCAGCCUUCCUCUCGUGUAAAGGCUGUGGUCAGCUUCUCUGCCACACAGCAUUAGAAGCAGAGUUUGAUCUGGGUGUUGGCCUGGAUCUCGGGGCGGCCCUCUACUGUCUCACCUGUGAGCCGGUUGUCCAACGCGCCGCUUCAGUCAAUUCAGCCCAAGCGGAGGACACGUCGGUUGACAAGAAUAAAGUUAGCGAAGGUGAAAUGUACGGCGCCGGCGAUCUUCCACGUAAAGUCCACUCCUGCUCGCUGUGCACCUUCACCUCCCGUUACUCCAAUCACCUGAAACGCCACAUGCGCAUCCACGACGGCCAAAAGCCGCAUCGCUGCCCUUUAUGCCCCUAUGCCUCGGCACAGCUGGUCAACCUGCAGCGGCACACGCGCACACACACGGGAGAGAAGCCAUACCACUGUCAUCAGUGCAGUUAUGCCUGCAGUUCCCUUGGCAACCUGCGGAGGCACCAACGCCUUCAUGCGCAGGAGCGUCGGCCGAGGAGGGACCAAGGGAUCAGAAAAGCCAUGAGAAGAAAAGAGAAGAGUAAGAGCAAAAAAGUCGCGUCGGAUUUGACACUGCAAGUCUCUCAGGACUCGGCUUACCUGCAGAUGCAGGACAGACUGACCUCCGCAUCCAACCUGCUGCCCGUCCUGCUCUUCCCACUCUGCUGCCGCCUGUGCGGCCUCACGCUGGAGGAGGCCGACAUGGAGGAUGUCAACAUGGAGGAUGGCGAGGAUGGCGAAUGGCAGGUAUGUCGUCGCUGCUCUUUGGACUCGCUGAUCAAAGAUGGUAUGGCUCGUCCCAAUGUCCCACUUGCGCCUCGGGAGCCACGACGGCGUGGCAACAAGCUCUACCGCUGCUCCCUCUGCCCCUUCCUGUCCCGUUACCCCAAUCACUUGGUCCGUCAUUCGCACACCCACUCUGACGAGAAACCUCACCCCUGUCCACACUGCCCCUACACCUCCUCGCACCUGGACAACCUCAAACGGCACAUGCGCGUACACACGGGCGAGAAGCCGUACCAAUGUCCGUCUUGCAUCUACGCCUGCGGUAACCUUGCCAACCUGCGCCGCCACGAGCGCAUCCACUCGGGCGCCAAGCCGUUUCACUGUGACAUUUGCAGCUACUCCUGCAACCAGAGCAUGAACCUUAAAAGACACAUGCUGCGACACAGUGGCGAGAAGCCGUACGCGUGCGGAGAGUGUGACUACACCACGGGACAUUUGGACAAUUACAAACGCCAUCAGAGGAAACAUGGACACUGGGACCAAAAGGUGGCUGAACACAGCCUUAACUAAGACAAAGAACCUAGGGAAGUGUGUGUGUGUGUGUGUGUGUGUGUGUGUGUGUGUGUGUUGCUCAGGUAGCAGGUAAACUCAGGUGCCUUCCACCAACACACUGUAAAGGUGAGAUCAAUGGAUUGCUUAUCAGUGUGGCAAAGAUGUUGGCGUAUUUUCAUGAAUUGUUUCUUGUUUGUGUUUUGCAGCAUUCACAUUAAUUUUUUAUGUAUACCUGUCACGUUCAAACACUGAGGACAUCUAUUAAACAAGACAAAAGGCAAGGAAUCAAACAGAGACAGAAUUCAAUUUGGACUCAAUAUUGAGGAGAGACAUGGCCACUGCACUCUCUGUACAGUCCUGCACCACGCUCUGACGAAGAAGGUUUUCGUCACCUCCUUUAUUCAGAUGUUCAAUGUUCACGCACCAACACAUGUCACAGCAGGAAUGGGGAGUAUGUAAAACAGUCAUUGUUUUCGGUCGCUUUGAAGACCAAGAAGUGGGAUUUCUCGGGCUUGGGCUCUUCCUGGAUCCAGCUGGGGCAGGUGUUGGAGGACAAUGGAUAACCCCUCCCGUCUCCUGACCACAGCGACUUCAAGAGGGCAGCGGGUCGUAAAUAGCGUUGACCUCGGUUACCAAAUAGUUGGAAGAGAGUUUGUGAAAUAGUUCAAAGAGAGUUCCUCUGGAAGUUGAGCAGAUCCUGCCAUCUGCCCGUGUUGAAAUCACAGUGGUGUUUCACGAGCCUUCUUCCUCUUGUUAGGCCUCGAAAGACAGCCUUCAUCUUCUUAUCAGGAACAUAAUGUGAUAACUUACAAUUAUUCCAACAAUACCAUUGCAGUCACAUUUUUUAAGUUUGCCAGUUUAAGGUGUUUAUUUCUUGAUCGCGGUUAUGUAAAACUGGCUUUAGUGUUCCAGAUUACAAUUUGUGGCAGGUUUGUGACUUGGUUGUUCCUUAACAUCCUAGUAUGAAUUUCCCUGUAAUUCAAAUUUGACAGUUUGGGUCUUCCUGAGUAUAAUUUAUUUGCAUACAAUUGUUUGAACUGAAGAUGGUUGCAGUUGCCUAGAAUUGGCUACAAAAGACAUUCAGCUUCUGUAUAUCUAAAAAUUAUUCACUGAGUUCUUUGGACUCUUGACUCUAUCAACAAAACUCACAACAAUUGGAAAUUCAGUAACGCGCUGAUAAAAUAAGUGCUGUCAAAAAACACAACCAAAUGCAGUAAAUCAUGAUCACUAAUACAAGCCAAAUAAUUGAAAAUGUAUGUUGAAUGAUCAUUUCACCCUGGAAAAAGAUUGGUUGAAAUCAGUCCUCGAGGGCCAUUGAUUAAUAUAUUGUCCAUACAAAUAAUGCAUACAAUGUAUGUAAACGUCUGCCCACAACAAACAAGUGUCAUUCUCAUGGGAGACAGAAGAAUACACAAAUAUAAAUAAACCUUCAUACCAAACU